AUGCAUAGGUACGAAGGCUUCAGAGUUUCCAUCAACAUGACCCAAAUCAGUGACUGUCACGCCAGCCCAGUUCUUCUCUCAGCUGGUUUGGCUUCAACUCAUCAUCGUGUUUCCAGGUCGUCUCCUUCAAAGCUCAUCUCUGUUUCGUGUAGAGCAAGUAGCAGUGAUGGCGCCGCCCCCGCCGGCUUCUACAAGAUGCUGUGUCUGAGCUCCAACAAUGCCGGGAUUCAAGAGAUAAAGAGAGCUUACAGAAGCAUGGCUCUCAAGUAUCACCCUGAUGUCUGUGACAUCGCCGACAAGGAGGCAUCGGCGAGGGUGUUUGUUCAGCUUCACGUUGCUUACAGGACCCUCUCGGACCCGUUGGCCCGGGAAGAGUAUGAUCUCCGAUUGAGGCAGUUCGGUGAGUCUGCGACCGGAUACCAUGAGAUGGAUCAGCUUGGAGGAAGACGGAGAUGGAAAGAUCAACUCGUUGAGUUGAAGAGGAGGUCCAGUCAUCGCGAGACAAGGGAUGGUGGCUCGUGGGGUAGCCGUAUGAGGGCUCGAAAUAAGGAAAACUAA